GUGAGUCAUAUUCACAAAGUAUUUGCGGUUACAAAUAUCACUAGCCACUAUUUAUCGCAGAAAAACGUAUUAAAACUGUGAAUAUUUCAUAUUUUUUUGUUUAAUUUACUGAACAUUAUUUGACGGAAGUAAGUACUAACCCAGAAACGUAAAAGUUGCCCAGAUUUUAUCCGUUUUUACGAUUAUAUUCGCUACGUCCCAUCGCUGCUCGAAAACGUUUUGCGUACGUUUACAAUAUGGCUUUUUCGUUGAAUCGUAUUUUCACUAAGCAAAUCGACACUUAUCAAGAAGAUGAGCUCACAAGUAGUGGAAGUGAAACCGAGUCUAUCCAAGAGGAAGAAGGUUACGACAGUGAUGAAUAUGUUCCGGCGACUAAGAAAGGAAGUAUGGCGUCUGGUGGCAUAGCGCCGGGAUGUAAGACGUUGAAGGGAAAUGUAUGCAUACAGCGUAAUCCGACUCGACGACCCAAUCCCAAAAUCUCCAACAGAAAUGCACUCCUUGCACGUGAAAAUCGGCGUCGCAAGAAAGAACACGUCGAGAAUCUUGAAAAAGAACUGGAUGAAUUGAGACAAGUAAAUAAAGACAUUCGGAAGGAGAUGAAAAGAAAAAGCAAACAAGUGGACCAAUUAACGCGCGAGAGAAAUUAUUUGAAGAAAGUUAUCGCAAACAAAUCUGGCAUUAUGAAAGUAUUGGGAGCAAUCCGUAAGUCAGGAUUGCGCAUGACGUCUUCUGAGUUAAGCUGUACGCAAAAAGUUCGUUCACCUACCGGAAAUAGCAGCGACGAGGGUUUUGUUUCUCCACAUUCCGUGCCAUCUAGCGUGGAUUAUGACAUCAACGAAAACGAUUUAGGUUUGGCAUCCCAGCAAAUAAGGUUCGAGGAGGAAUUUAGUUGCUUGCCAGACGUAGACGAGCUUCUGUCAACGAUGACAAGUAAUGCAGUGGAACGUAGCAGCGAGCAAGUAAUUACCACAGAACAUAACUAUUUUGAGCACAGUAACUACGACUUGUUGAGUGCAGGUUCCUCAGGAGCAGAAGAAGCUGGUGUCUGCGUGCAUAUUAUUCCCGGUGGUCGUGUUUCGGUGGAGUUCUGCGCUUCUUGUGCGUUAAGCUCACACCGUGCAUGGCUCGAGGACUCUCAGACACGAUAAAUCAGGUUCAAGUAGAAUGUCGGUAUCAUGUUUUAUAGUUUUAAGUUACUUUUUAUGCUACUUUUUUGUUAAUGACAGUAGGAGUUAGCUUUUCAUGGUUAGUCAUUAAAAAGAUCGAAAGGAAACGUUGUUUCCUUUUUCUAAUUUAUCAUAACCUUUCCUUUUAAAUUAGAAAACAAUCUUUCAUAAAAAAGAAACAAGUUGGAGUAAUGACAUAGAACUAAAAUCGUAGCUAAAAUGAUUCCUGGAAACUGGAGAUGAAAAUUACUAGUUAAUCUAUAUUGCAAUUUCAGCUUUCGAGGGUUCGCUACAGGCACUUUGUUGUACCGGAAAGAGCGAUGGAUAACUGCCUCGAUGGCAGUUUCACAGGAUACCAACAAGGUGGGGUGAACAUUUCCAACAUCUGGCAUGCGACGAACAACCAACAAUAUUAAAUUGCUUCUCCAUUCGCAUUUACAGCCAAGCUCUGGAUUCUCCAGCAGCUAAAACGAAAGACCUGAGCUGUGUUUAGUUGUGAUGCAUGAAGUUUGUCCGCCGUGUUGUAUCGUUCCAAACCGUGGGCGCCAGCAGCUGGAUGCGGUGGAGUGAAGAAAUGAGAUGGGAAAUAUUC